GUGGCAGCAGCUGACAUUCCUGAGAAGAGCUUCCUCCCACCUGAAGCUGGUGGGUCUGCUUCCGAGAUGGUGGGAAUGGAGGUGGAGAGGGGGCACCCACCUGGCUCGCCUAGACCCCUCACCUUCCUACCGAUAGAGCCUCCCCCUCCACCCACAAGCAGUGAGGGGCCGGGAUCCCCACAGGGCCCAGAGAAGGGCACAGAGAUACCUGAACACCGGAAGACUUUGGGAACUUUCAAUGGCUGAAUGCAGGAGUUUCCUCCCAGGACUCUAUCAGGAGCAGGUGACAUCCUUCCCCUUCCACCCUGCUCUCUGCUCUACGUCCCCAGCAGGGAGUGGCCUCUCCCUUCUCCAUGGACUUCCAAGAGAGGGACCCGCCCUUCCUGCCUGAGAGCGCUCAGUCCUCAAAGCCCAGCAGUGCUCAGCAGGCCUCUGAGCUGUGGGAGGUGGUGGAGGAGCCUCGGGGCAGGCUGGGGAUAGAGGGUGUCAUGCCUGAGAGGCAGGAAGGUCACCUGCUCAAGAAGAGGAAGUGGCCUCUGAAGGGCUGGCACAAGAGAUACUUUGUGCUCGAGGAUGGAAUCCUUCAUUAUGCAACUACCCGGCAAGACAUCACCAAGGGGAAGCUCCAUGGCUCCAUCGAUGUCCGGUUGUCAGUCAUGUCCAUCAACAAAAAGGCCCAGCGCAUUGACCUUGACACUGAAGACAACAUCUACCACCUCAAGAUCAAAUCCCAGGACCUGUUCCAGAGCUGGGUGGCACAGCUGCGUGCCCACCGCCUAGCCCACCGCCUGGACAUGUCCCGUGGCACACUGCCCAGUACCGCUCACCGGAAGGUUCCUGGUGCCCAGCUUCCAACAGCAGCUGCUGCCUCAGCCCUACCUGGGCUUGGACCGCGGGAGAAGGUGUCUUCCUGGCUGAGGGACAGUGAUGGGCUGGACCGUUGCUCUCAUGAGCUCUCUGAGUGUCAGGGGAAGCUCCAGGAACUACACAGGCUCCUCCAGAGCCUGGAGUCCCUGCACCGAAUCCCCUCAGCCCCUGUUAUCCCUACACACCAGGCCUCAGUGACAACUGAAAGACCCAAGAAGGGGAAACGGACCAGCCGCAUGUGGUGUACCCAGAGCUUUGCCAAGGAUGAUACCAUUGGACGGGUUGGUCGUCUCCACGGCUCUGUUCCCAACCUAUCUCGCUACCUGGAGUCUCGGGACUCCUCAGGCACCCGUGGGCUGCCACCCACAGACUAUGCCCACCUGCAGCGCAGCUUCUGGGCCCUGGCCCAGAAGGUGCACAGCUCCCUCAGCAGCGUCCUGGCUGCCCUCACCACGGAACGGGACCGACUGAGGGAUAUGCACCAGGGCUCAGAGUUGUCAAGGAUGGGGGUCUCCGAGGCCCCCACUGGCCAGAGGCGCCUCCACUCACUGUCCACCUCCUCCGACACCACGGCGGACUCUUUCAGCUCCCUCAACCCUGAGGAGCAAGAAGCUCUGUACAUGAAGGGGCGCGAGCUCACCCCCCAGCUGUCGCAGACCAGCAUCCUGUCCCUUGCUGAUUCCCAUACAGAGUUCUUCGAUGCCUGUGAGGUUCUCCUGUCCGCCAGCUCUUCUGAGAAUGAGGGCUCAGAGGAGGAGGAGUCGUGUACCAGUGAAAUCACCACCAGCCUGUCUGAGGAGGUGCUGGACCUCAGGGGAGCUGAGCGCUGUCAGAAAGGGGGGUGUGUUCCAGGGAGACCCAUGGGGCCACCCCGCCGUCGCUGCCUGCCGGCGGCCAGCGGACCUGGGGCUGACGUGAGCCUGUGGAACAUUCUGCGCAACAACAUCGGCAAAGACCUGUCCAAGGUGUCAAUGCCUGUGCAGCUCAACGAGCCGCUCAACACUCUGCAGCGACUCUGCGAGGAGCUGGAGUACAGCAGCCUCCUGGACCAGGCCAGCCGCAUCGCCGACCCCUGCGAGCGCAUGGUGUACAUCGCAGCCUUUGCUGUCUCAGCCUACUCCUCUACAUACCACCGAGCUGGCUGCAAGCCCUUCAACCCUGUCCUGGGGGAGACCUAUGAGUGUGAGCGGCCUGACCGAGGCUUCCGCUUCAUCAGUGAGCAGGUCUCCCACCAUCCCCCUAUCUCGGCCUGCCAUGCGGAGUCUGAGAACUUCGCCUUCUGGCAAGAUAUGAAGUGGAAGAACAAGUUUUGGGGCAAAUCCCUGGAGAUUGUGCCUGUGGGAACAGUCAAUGUCAGCCUGCCCAGGUUUGGGGACCACUUUGAGUGGAACAAGGUGACGUCUUGCAUUCACAAUGUCCUGAGCGGUCAGCGCUGGAUUGAGCACUAUGGGGAGGUGCUCAUCCGGAACACACAGGACAGCUCCUGCCACUGCAAGAUCACCUUCUGCAAGGCCAAGUACUGGAGUUCCAAUGUCCAUGAGGUGCAGGGCGCUGUGCUCAGUCGGAGUGGCCGUGUCCUCCAUCGACUCUUUGGGAAGUGGCACGAGGGGCUGUACCGGGGACCCACACCAGGUGGCCAGUGCAUCUGGAAACCCAACUCAAUGCCCCCCGACCAUGAGCGCAACUUCGGCUUCACCCAGUUUGCCCUGGAGCUGAAUGAGCUGACGGCAGAGCUGAAACGGUCACUGCCUUCCACCGACACGAGGCUCCGGCCAGACCAGAGGUACCUGGAGGAGGGGAACAUACAGGCUGCUGAGGCCCAGAAGAGAAGGAUCGAGCAGCUGCAGCGAGACAGGCGCAAAGUCAUGGAGGAAAACAACAUCGUACACCAGGCUCGCUUCUUCAGGCGGCAGACAGAUAGCAGCGGGAAGGAGUGGUGGGUGACCAACAAUACCUACUGGAGGCUGCGGGCCGAGCCAGGCUACGGGAACAUGGAUGGGGCCGUGCUCUGGUAGCCCUGGCCCCGGGGGCAGGAGGCUCUGGUUCCUCACUCCUCCUGCCUCCACCCCCUACCACGGACACAUGGGUGAGGCCAGGCUCCCCGCUUCACUGCCCUUGAGACCAAAGGGGCAGCCCUGGCCCUCCCUCCCCUCUGCUGGCCAGAGGGGCUGCAUAUCAGCCCACCCCACACCCCACCGUUUGGGGUGAGAAGCAGAAUCUGUGCUUCCCCAGUCUCCUUGCCCCAGACAACCAGCAUGUAGGACCCUUUCCGCUUCACCAUCCCCCUUCCUGUCCCCUUUGGGGUACUUGGGGGAGACUCUGGCUCCCAGGAUCUGUUCCCCAUUUCAGUGCCUUCCUAGGACACAGGGGACCCCUUGAUUCUCCCCAGGCUUUCUGUGCCCAGGGCUCUGUCCCUGGCAGUGAGGUUGCAGUGAGUGAAGGAGAGAUGAUCUGUUCUCCCCUCCCCUUCCCCUGCCCAUCUCCAGCAUCUUCUUCCCCUUUCCUGGCCCUGCAGGGCCUUCUUCAGCUCCCUUUGGUUGGUCCCUGGCCAUCCCUCCUGUCCUGGAUCCCUUCUCCCUAACUGCAAAAUGCCUGCAGCUUCCAGCUCCUUCGUCCCUGAUCCUCAAGUGGUUCCCUCCCGUCUCAGCUCAGCGGAUCCCCCAGAGUGGAGGAGGCCUCUCCGUGAGGAGGGAGCAGCCCAAGGCGCCUGGCCUCCGACCCACCGGCAGCGAGUGCGCAGGUGUGAGUGUAAGUUCAUGUAGAAGAGUGUGUGCGUGUGCAUCUGUCCCCUGCUUGCAGGCGAGCAGGGCUCCCUCAUGUAGCCCGGCCUUCCCCCUGCUGGGGGUCCGCCACAUCGCUGCUCUUUCUCACAGUCUGCCUCUGAUGAGGGUGAAUUGCUAUGACGUUCUAAGCUCCAAUAAAGACUGUCCCAGACUUUG